ACACGAGACGCUGAGCGGUUGUUAGGCGACUGAGACCCGCGCAUGGCGGACCCGGUACUGUUCGAGUUUCUGCACACCGAGAUGGUAGCGGAGCUGUGGGCUCAAGAUCCAGACCCCGGCCCCGGGGGACAGAAGACCAGCUUGUUGGUCCUGGAGGGCAUGGGCUUCCGUGUGGGCCAGGCCCUGGGCGAGAGGCUGCCCCGGGAAACGCUAGCCUUCAGGGAAGAGCUGGACAUCCUCAAGUUCCUGUGCAAAGACCUGUGGGUGGCCGUGUUCCACAAGCAGAUGGAUAGCCUCCGCACCAACCACCAGGGGACCUACGUCCUGCAGGACAACAGCUUUCCCCUCCUCGUCCGGAUGGCCUCGGGUCUGCAGUACCUGGAGGAAGCACCCAAGUUCCUGGCCUUCACCUGCGGCCUCCUGCGUGGCACCCUCAGCACCCUGGGAGUCAAGAGCCUGGUCACCGCCUCCGUGGCAGCCCUGCCCGCCUGUAAAUUCCAGGUGGUGAUCCAGAAACCUUGAGGAGCCCCAGGUCCCACUCCCAGACAAGCUUCACGGCACCCCGGCCCAGAGAACCCCGCUGCUGCCUGUGCUGGGGGCUGGUGCUGGGGAGACGGGGUACCCGCGCUGCAGGGUGUCACAGAUGCCCAACAGAUGGGUGUUAGAGGGAGGUGGGGGUGUCCCGGGGGCCUGGUGGUCCCCGCGGCAUUCGGGGCCGGUGUGGAGGGGGUCUGCAUCACACAUGUCUCUCCAUAGGGCAGGCGCUCAAUAAAGGUUCUAUAAGUGGAA